CCGCACCACUAGUCCACUAGAACAGAGUGCCAAGCCGUCUUCCCCCAAGAGCCACACACCCUUCCGCUGAAGAAGCUGCAGCAGCUUGCGAGCGAUGGCGCUGGCCCGUCGGUUCAUCUUCCUCUUCCCCGCCGCCGUCCUGGCCGGACUCGCCUCCGCCUCCGCGUCGCCCUUCCUGUCUGGUCCACAGAGUUUCCCAGGCCAGCACCGGACUGACGGGGAGGAGGAGCUUGCUGCAGACCAAGAACGGAUUGAGAUGCGGUUGUGGAGUUUCUGGAUGUAGGAAACAGAGUUCGACGGUGAACUACCAAUGGAAAUUACAAACUAUUCUUCAGUAGUAAAAAAGCUGGGACUACAAAAUUCAAAUUUCCAUACAUCAGUAGGAACUUACUGCCCUAUGGACUUUGAGUUCCAGAACUACACAAUCAUCACAAGCAGGUGCAAAGGGCUGCAACAUCCUACUAUGGAAUGUUGUGCUGCUUUCAAGGAAUUUUCGUGCCCAUUUGCGGCGUAUAACAACAUGCAGAGCACUAACUGUGCGGCCACAAUGUUAACCUACAUCAACCUCCAUGGCACGUACCCAGCAGGUCUAUUCGACGAGUGCCUAGUAGGCAUGGAAGGGGUUUCUUGCGAAGCCAUUCCAGCAAUAGAAACCGGUAUGUCAAAUGGUGGGCAACGAGUUCAAGGACACAAAUCACGGAACUCACGCCAGAGGGCGCUGUGGAUUAUUGCUGUGGCAGCUCCAUUACUUUCAAUACUCAUGUGCUUUAUCUGUUCCGCUAUAUGGAUGAGAAGACGACGAAAAGGAAAGGUAAACUUACACCAUCAAGCUGCCAUGAAUAGGCCGAAAGUAGAUACAUUGGUUCCGAGAUUGGAAGAGAAGAGUUCAGAGUGCACUCUCUUUGACUUUUGUGUGAUAUUGCAUGCUACACACAACUUCUCCAAAGAAACUCUACUUGGGCGAGGUGGUUUUGGCCCCGUCUACAAGGGGCAAUUACCAGAUGGAAUGGAGAUUGCAGUUAAAAGGCUUGCCUCACAUUCAGGACAGGGUUUCACAGAAUUCCAAAAUGAAGUUGAACUUCUUGCAAAACUACAACACAAUAAUCUGGUCAAGCUCAUGGGAUGCUGCAUUCAGGGAGAAGAAAGACUUUUGGUGUAUGAAUAUUUGCCAAAUAAGAGCUUGGACUUCUUCAUCUUUGAUGAAAGCAUAACAACUUUUGUUGAUUGGAAUAAAAGAUGUUUGAUAAUCGAAGGGAUAGCCCAAGGUCUUCUAUAUCUCCACAAGCACUCUCGGUUGCGCAUCAUACACAGAGACCUUAAGGCCAGUAACAUUCUCUUGGACCAGGACAUGAAUCCUAAAAUUUCUGAUUUUGGGCUAGCAAAAAAUUUCAGCUCCAAUGAUACCCAAGGAAGUACAAGGAGGGUGGUGGGAACAUAUGGUUAUAUGUCUCCGGAGUAUGCAUCUCAAGGCAUUUACUCGGUCAAAUCUGACGUGUUCAGCUUUGGUGUGUUACUUCUCGAGAUCCUUAGCGGAAAAAGGAAUUCUGGUUUCCAUGAGCAUGAAGAUUUUCUGAACCUCCUUGGAUACUCGUGGCAUCUGUGGGAAGGUGGACGUUGCCUUGAGCUUCUAGAAGCAUCGAUUGCUAACGAGGUCCAUGCGGCAGAGGCUAGGAGGUACAUUAACAUUGCACUAAUGUGCGUACAGGAGCAUGCAGACGAUCGACCGACCAUGUCAAACGUUGUCACGAUGCUAAACAGCGAGAGCGUUGCUCUUCCGGAGCCUAACCAUCCGGCAUACUAUAACCUAACGACAACUAAGGAAGAUGAAUCAGCUAAUGUUCCAUGCAGCUAUAAUGGCGUAACCAUCACUGAGGAGCCGGAUGGCAGAUAGUUGAUCACUUUGCUUCUGUUCUUAAUGAAAGAUCUAGCAAAGCAGACAGCUGGCAUGGUAAUUUUAUAUUUAUCUUUUAAUAUUUCUGCAUUAGUUCAAGCUUAAAUACGCCUAAGAUAGGCAGAUAGACCGGAUCAAGUAAGCCUAUCAUAUUUCGGUUCUGAAGGAUGGCGACCAGCGUAUUUCUGUGGCGGUUGUUCCAUCCUCCGGUGAAUGAUGUUCUGCCGGUAUGCAUAGGCUUGAUACGA